AAAAAAAAAAAAAUUUCGAAGCGAUGAUCACAUAGGAUUUUCUCCUGUAAUGUCAAAAAGUUUCAGUUUAUGAAGUGUCUGUUUAAACCCCAUGAGAUGCGUGGAAGAGUUCUGAAACAAAAGAAAUUUAAUUCGGGAACAUUACACUCAAAAGUAAUCCAUACCAAACAGAGUGGCCGGAAACUUCUAAUUGAGGGAAUGUACCGUUGAGCUCGCCGUGUCUAAAUUAGAGGACAACAGAUUUUUUUUCAGGAAGAAGUUGGAGGCAAAAAUUCUCAUAUUUGCAGGAUUUCUUCGAGUUUCAUAAGCCGAUAUGGGAAAGAGGCGACAUCGCCAUGGCGACGAUGACUCUACUGACGAAGAAGAAGUAGAUAAACACAAAGAGGAUAAAUCGAAGAAGAAACGGCGCAGAAGACAUCACAGUGAAAGUGAGACGGAGAGCAAGUCUUCUUCAUAUUCUUCCUCAGAAGAGGAGUACAGGCGCAGGAAACGAAGAGACAAGGAAAAGAAAAGGAGGAAAAAGAAGGAAAAGGAGGAGCAAAAGAAGAAGAAGAAGAAAAAAGUAGACAAAGAGAAGAAGAAGGUCAAGGGGGCUGUUACUAAUUCAUGGGGUAAAUUCGGCAUUAUUAAAGAAAUUGAUAUGUGGAACAAACGACCUGAGUUCAGUGCAUGGCUGCAAGAAGUAAAGGAGGUGAACUUGGAAACAGUACCAACGUGGGAAGAAAAACAAAUGUUCAAAGAGUACAUGGAGGAUUACAAUACUGCUACUUUUCCAUCAAAGAAGUAUUAUGACCUAGAUGCAUACCACCGUCGAAAAAUGAUCAAAGAAAUGGAAAAGGGUGUACUAAAGGCAAUGCAAAAGGAACGCACAGUAUUUAAUGAUGAAGAUGAACGACGGCAAGAAAUAAGGAUGGAGCGUGAAAAGAACAAAGAGGCUGAAGCUGAGGCACUGCAGCUUUCUAUGCAGACUGGAAUGGCAAAAGCAAUGAAAGAACAGGCUCAACUUCGGGAAGAGAUGAACUAUCAGUACAGGUUGGGUAAUUAUGAGGCUGCUGCUGCAAUUCAAAAGAGGCUAGAUCCAGAUGCACCUGCUUGAAUGCAUUCUAUGGCUUUUGUUUGCACUCCUAGGACAUGCCAGAUGUUAAAUUGCUUCAAGAUUGAUGCUUUAGCAGUUCAUUGUACAAGCUUGUGAAGCAUUGAUUUAGUGAUCUGUCAUUAUUUUUCAUGGAAGUGUGAAUUGUUUUUCAAUAGUGCUCUCAGGAUCUGUUUUUGAAUCUUCUGUUUGUAAGUCAAAAAUCAAUGUCAUCCACAACCUAGGUAGAACAGGUUCCCUCAUUAGAGUUCAAGGAUAUUUGGUGUUCUCGGCAUUGUUUUCUGCCUCCUUUGAUUCAUUGAAUUUAAAAAGAAAACCAGAGAUCUCAUCUGGGUACUAUCAUAAAUAUAUUGGAAAAGAAGCACUGCUACUAUUGGAUCAAUACUUAAUGGGUUUCUUGCACCAUAUUUAGACUCUUAUUUGGUGUUAUUCUCAAUGAAAAGGAUGUUGCCAUCCUAUCACAGAAUUACUGCCAAGUAAUGGGAUAAAGGUUCAAGGAAACCCUCAGCUCUGAGGGAGAAACUGUUAAACAGCAUCAGAUUAUAAGCACUUAUGGUGGACUGAAAGGAGCAAACUGCUAGCAAGAUACAUAGGCAUAUUUCUGGACUAAAAGCAGCAAACCGCUUACCAAGAAAUAUCUAGAAAAAGCAAUAAUUUUCGAUUGCAUUGUGCUUGACUUGCUAUAUGUAGGCAUAUAUCUAUGUUUUAGGUAGCCUUGGUGCAUAAUUUUGCA